AUGCCUUCCAGAACGCUCGCCCCCGAUGCCAAGAUCAACAUAGCAUCGGCCAGCGACCUUCACUCGCAUUUCGAUGAACUGUACGACGAUCUAUACGCUCCCGAAACCGAACAUACGUGGCAAAAGAUCGAACGUGCGCUAGUGCAUAUCCAAGCCAUCACUCGAGGUGGAGCCACCAAGCAUGCCGAAUUUGUAGCACUACUGAAAGAAGCAGCCGCACCCAUCAGCAAUGCGCUGCUGUCAGAGAGGACCAAGCUAUCGGGUACGGCGGGCGAUCUGCUCAACUCGAUAGCCCCCCGGAUGGCCGAGAGAUUCGAACCGCUCGUAUCUGUCUUUGUGCCCACGCUACUUCUGAUCUGUGCUAGGACCAACAAAGUAGCGGUUAAGCGAGCCGAAAAGUCGUUGCAUUUCAUCGUCAAGCACUGUCGACCCCCUUCGAUGGUGACCUAUCUCAAAGAGGCGAUCAAGGACAAAGGUCAAGGUUUGAGGGCAGUAGCUGCGGCGACGUUGGAAAUGGUUUUGGAGCAUACGGAAAAGGAAAGGCUGGCACGACGUGUCGGUGAUAUCGAGUCAUGUAUCAAAAGCGGCGCUACAGAUUCCAACCCGGAAGUUAGACAGACGACAAAGAGGCUCUUUGAGCUGUAUGUCGCCUUCUGGCCCGAACGCGUGGAACACUUUACCAAGCCUAUGACGCCUACCAUCCGCAGAUACCUUUCGUUGCCCAAAACGGGAGCAUUGAUCGUCGACGUUCCACCUAUGACCGAAGUGUCCACAAAACCAACACACUCUUCGAGACCGCCACCAGCGCCACAGCACACUUUGCACUCGAGUCGACAAGACGAUCUGCUGAUGCCCGCAUCGCAUGCUCCGCCAUCUCGCAGUGCUCCCACACCAGCCUACAAUUUCUUCCCAGACCUCCACAAGUCGACUGCAGCAUUAAACUCAUCUACAGCGCGUAUGCCGGUGGCUGCAGGAGGGUUCGGUAUGAACGACGCAUCGUAUGGAAAGCGAGGGCUACUCGCCGAGCAGAUCGCCGCAGCUCGAAACGCUCGCUUAGCCCGCAUACCAUCAUUCAACUUUGACGAACUGCCCAAAUCCAACGAGAACGGCCCGACUAUGAAGAGGCAGCCGAGUUUCGACCAAUUGCGAGCCCAAUCAGCUGCACCGACCGCUACAUUCCGUGUGCCCAGGUUCGACGUCGUCGUAGCGCCCACGAGCUCCGAUGGCCGAUCACGAAGUGCUCACGCUUCCGAUCCGGCUCAGUACAGAGACAUCAAUGCCGUCACGCCUUCGUUUGCAGCUGCGUCCGGUCUGCAUGGCAAGAGCGCGCUACUAGCAGCUUACAAGCAGGCGUUUGCCGUCGAAAGCGGUGUCAAGUCUGGAGCUUCUUCAUCAUCACGCGAACGCCUGCAUUGGGAACAUUCCGACAAGCAGUCGAAACACCACGAUAAGAGGCGCGAAAAGACGGUGGCAGUGCGAUUCGAUUCGGACAGCAAACACGAAAAUCCCGUCCAGCACACAGAAGGCAAUUUGGACGAGCUGCGAAGAUCCAAGUCGGCGCCUCAGAUCCACGUCGACAAGGUGCAGAGACCAGCAGAAGUGGACAGCAAUUCCAAAGCGAGCAAGGCUGGCCGCAGUGAAGCCGCAGACUGGGCCGAUUCCGACGACGACGACGACGAGGCCAAUAGACCAAGCACGCCUCCUGAACGAGUCCUGCACGCACAAACACCCAGAACCGGCGUCAAAGCCAGCAGAGUCCCUGCUCAACGCGUGGUGAUGCAUUCCGAGGUCAAGGUGUCGGCUAUGCGCGUAGCUGUGCCCACUCCUUCAGCUAAAGUGGCUGCGGGGAGAGUGGUGAGCUCCACGUUGUCGGCUGAGUCGAGUCCUGUGGCGAGAUCUCGAGUUGCAAAAGUCGACCCCGCAACGCAGGAAGAGGAGGCAAAGGAAAGUCCGGUACGAACCGAGACGAAGGAAGUGGCCGGUGUUAAUGCAAAGCUGACGGAUGAGAAGGUAAAGGAGGUGGAAGAGGAAAAGAAAGAGGUUGCGGCCGCGAAGACGAAAGAGGAUGUUAAGGACAAGCCAUCGGCUCUGGGAAAGAAGCCAACGACUUCGACGAUGGUGGGAUCUUCCAAGCAGCCCGUCAAGAGCGCAACAACCAAGACGGCACCCUCAGCAUCUAUUGCUGCCAAGGCGCGGCUUGAAGCUCGAGUAGCCGUCAGACCUGCGACAGCAACAGCAGCAGCAGCAACAGCAGCCGAUAGCAAGAAAGUCGUUCCAAGGCCUGUCAGCUCCGUCGCAAAGCCAACCAUGGUCAGAAAGCCGGUCACUUCCUUGACCGUCGCAGCCGGACCAGCGUCCAAACCAGCAGCAGCAGCAGCUUCCAGCGCCAAGCCUACCAAAGCACCUUCGACAGUCAAGCCAAAUUCUGCAACAAGCACAGCGACCGCAAGAGCCAAAGCCGCCACAGCGAACAAGGUCGCCGCUCCAACGACUGCAUCAUCCGCAGCCAAGAGACAAGAGCCUGCCACCGUCGUCGCAAGAACAUCAACGUUGAUGGCGCCCACAGCGUCGACACGUAACAAGAUCGUCCCCGCAGCAGCAGUCAAGAAGUUCCAGCCCAAGCUGUCGUCCACAAUUAGCAACCCACGAUCCAAAAGCUCAAUCGCUGCAUCAUUGGCGGCCAAGAGUAAAGUGCUAGGAGCGCCAGCGGCUUCAGACAAGGCGAGUGCGGUGCGAAAAGCCGCUGGUGCGACGGUCGUUGCGAGGAUGAAGGUGGGGAGACGAGGGUCGACGGCGGCGGGGGCAGGGCACAUCAUUGGAAAGGAGGUACGUGUUGCGGUGAUUGAGAAGGAGGCGGUGGCGGAGGAGACUGUAGCGCAAAAUUCAGGUGCAGCACCGGAGGCAGAGGGAGAAGGGGAGUCGUCGACAGGGCAAGGAUCCGUGGUGACAGACAACGAUGUUUCAGGGGAGGACAAGGUUGUCGCAAACGAGAAAGUGGUCAUCUUCGAGUCAGGACCCACUACCGAGCCUCUUGCCGUUGUUGAGGCCGCAACGGAGCAGGACAUUAUCUCGAUCAGCCCCGAUUCUACCACCUACGAGGCAGAGAUGGAUGCUGAAGUGGAGCAACAACAAAUCGCAGCCGACGAAGAUUCGCGAAGCACCGAACCAGUCGCUAUCUCUACACCCAGCGCUGUAGCCACACCUGUCAGAAAGCCGGUUGCAGGCGCCACCGCCACGCCUCCCGCCCAAAUCCGCACUCCGCUGACCAGCAAAGACACUAACGUGCCACGAGCAGCGACCCCCCUCACCGGAGGCCGAACUAACAAGAUCACCCCCUCGCCUCCGCCCACAAGCCAGACCAAAUCGAAGCCGGCACGCUCCUUUCCGGGGUCACCUUUGCGCCGCACUACGCCAUCGCCGUCAAAGGCUCUAUUGCCACGAUUUGUGGCGGACGCAUCAUCAUCGUUCGAAGAAAGCGAUUCCGAGGAGGAGGAGGAAGAGGAAGAAGAUACAGAACAGGUGGUGCAGUUGCAUUUCCGUUCUCGUCCUGUCGCCACACAGCUACCCCCAGCACAACAGGUGGUGGUCAAGGGGCACAAGGUGGUCAGUGCGGGACCCAAUAAGCAACUGGUACUGGGCUUGGACUCCUCGGACGAUUCUGGGGUCGUGGAAGCUGGUGAGGGCGACGAAACUGUGCUGUUGGAACACGCUGUGUAA